AUAAUAUACUCAAUUUAUCUAACCUGUAUCUCUGUAUAUAUUUCUGAAAUUUGUCUGCGCCCGUCAAUAUCAUUCAGAUCAAGAGCAGAGAAAAAAAUGUCCGCCGUCGAAUUAAACCCACGACCCGUUCGGGUUUCACCCUUGAUCAAGGAGAGUGUCGCUGGAUAUUUAGCGUUCUCAAGAUGGACGUUGCUGACGGCUGGAAUAAUGUACGGAUUGUUUUACCAAAACCGUUUCUCCAAAAAGGAAGCUGCCUUCCAGGAGGUUGAAAUGAAGCGCAAGGCUAUCAGAGAUAAGCAGUUGGCUGAGGAAAAGAAACGUCUUGCUGAAGGUGGCUAUUUCCGUUUAUUUUGUAUUUUUAUUAUUAUUAUUAUAUCGCGUGACAAAUGUCAAAAGAGCGUAUUACAGAGGUGA